GUCGCUGCCUUCUUUCACCAGGUAGGGGAUGGAUAAGCUAACCGGAAGCAGCCCUCAAUUCCCAAACCAUUUGUUAGGUAAUGAGAACAACAACAACCACUUUUUCUUCUUCUUUUGCCCUCCCUUGUCUUCCCUUUUCUAUUUUCCAACCACACAGAUUCCAAUACUAACAAAGAAUCUUUGAAUAUUCCUUCCAUGACCAUGGCCUGGUUCAGGAAUCUCAAGAAACUUUCACUCACUAAACCACCACUCAGAUCCACAAAUCCCCACCCAUUUCUUCCUUCCACCUUCCUCCUCUCUCAUUUUAGCUCCCAUCCCAUUCCCGAUGCGGCGGCGGAGGCGGCGGAGCUGUCUCGCCCUCCCGGCCUCGGCCCGACGGUCUCCGGCGAGAAACCCAGGGUGGUGGUUUUGGGUUCCGGCUGGGCUGGUUGUAGACUCAUGAAGGGGUUGGACACAAGCAUAUACGACGUCGUUUGCGUUUCUCCUCGUAACCAUAUGGUUUUCACUCCUCUUCUGGCUUCAACCUGCGUUGGAACUCUCGAAUUCAGAUCCGUCGCUGAACCCAUCGGCCGGAUCCAGCCUUCCAUUUCUCGCGAACCGGGUUCCUAUUUCUUCCUUGCGAAUUGUACUAGCGUUAACACUGAUGAACACUCGGUGCAAUGCGAGACGGUUACUGAUGGGUUGAACACUUUGAAACCAUGGAGGUUUAAAUUAUCAUAUGAUAAGUUGAUCAUAGCGUUGGGAUCUCAGCCAUUGACUUUUGGGAUUCAUGGAGUUAAAGAACAUGCUAUUUUUCUUCGUGAGGUUUAUCAUGCUCAAGAAAUUCGUAGGAAGUUGCUUUUGAACUUGAUGUUAUCUGAUGUUCCAGGUAUCUCGGUGGAAGAGAAACGUCGGCUUCUACACUGUGUUGUUGUUGGAGGGGGUCCAACUGGAGUUGAAUUCAGUGGGGAGCUUAGUGAUUUUAUCAUCAAGGAUGUUACUCAAAGAUAUGCUCAUGUGAAAGAUUAUAUCCAAGUUACUUUGAUUGAGGCAAAUGAGAUAUUGUCUUCCUUUGAUGAUCGCCUCCGGCACUAUGCCACUAAGCAAUUGACAAAGUCAGGAGUUCAACUUGUACGCGGAAUUGUCAAAGAUGUUAAACCUCAGAGCAUCAUUCUCAAUGAUGGUUCUGAGGUUCCUUAUGGGUUGUUGGUUUGGUCUACCGGUGUUGGGCCCUCGCCUUUUGUAAAUUCCUUGGAAGUUCCAAAGUCUCCCGGUGGCAGGAUUGGUAUAGAUGAGUGGUUACGUGUCCCUGCUGUGGAAGAUGUGUUCGCAAUAGGUGAUUGCAGUGGAUUCCUAGAGAGUACAGGGAAACAAGUUCUUCCAGCUUUGGCUCAGGUAGCAGAGCGCCAAGGCAAAUAUUUAGCCGCCUUGCUGAAUAAAAUUGGUAAAGAAGGUGGAGGGCGAGCAGGUAGCGGAAAAGACUUGGAACUUGGAGAUCCUUUUGUCUACAAGCACCUUGGAAGUAUGGCAACUAUUGGAAGAUACAAGGCCCUUGUCGACCUUAGGCAGAGUAAAGAAGCAAAGGGGAUAUCGAUGGCAGGGUUCCUCAGUUGGUUCGUUUGGCGUUCGGCUUAUCUAACACGUGUCAUAAGCUGGAGGAACCGAUUGUACGUGGCAGUAAACUGGGCAACAACGUUCAUCUUUGGACGCGAUAUAAGCAGAAUAUAGAAUUGGAUGUAAGUACUCAACAUCUCGCUUCCUCGUACCACUGCCACAGAAGUGAGUUGUUCUUCAAGACAAACCUCUUGCUGACUAUCAGAUUCUUGUGGUUCAUAAGAAAAUUGAUUAAUGGCUGCUGCAAUUUCUCAUCAGAAGCUCACUGUACAGUUUAUUUCCACCAACUUAUUGUGUUAAAUCCAAAGCAUUAUUGCAUGUUCACAAGUAAUCCCAAAUGAAGCCAAUCAUAAGAAUUGUAAGUCUUGUACAACUUCAUCACUGCUUUUCAAUAAAGUUAUUUCAGUGCCGAUUAUUUCAA